CAUACACCACGUCUACUUGGCACAAAGUACACAUUAUACAUAAUAAGAAAAUCAUCAUGUUGGUCGAAUCAAUUUUUCCGACCACCUUUAACUACCUGAUCGCGUCGGGUUUUUGGCUGCCGACGAAUUUUGACGAUAAAUUCAAGCCUUUUUACUACGUCUUGGGACUGUUUUCCUGGCUGAGCGACAUGAUGUUAUUAAUACCCAUGAUAAUGUACGCGGUGCUGAGCGAGGAGUCGUUUUCCAAGUUGAUGAUCGACAAUCUGUUCUUUCUCGCGACUUUGCUGAAUUGGCUGGCCAAGACGACUUAUCUGUUGAUCAGACGAUCCAAUGUUAUCGAUGUGGCGUACAAAUGCGGACACGUGCGAUGGACACAAUUUCGAGACGAGAAGGAGGAUGAAAUAAUCAGAGAAUCUAAAAAGAGCGAGAACUUCAUCUCUCGCUACUGCGGAGCGAUGGUGAGCGCCAACAUCAUCAGCAACGUCCUCAGGCCCGUGACCAGCGCGAAUCCCGAGCACAAGCUGGUCGUCGACGCCUACGAAUUUUGCGAUCGAGGCCAACCCUCGUGCUUCUGGUCCUGCUAUCUCGCCCAGUCCGUGGGCUUCUUCUUCGCCGCCGUUUUCAUCGUCGGCUACGACUGUUUGCUGUACAAUCUGAUCUUGCGUUGCUCGGCUCAUUUCGCCGUGGUGGCGCAUCGGAUGCAAAGAUUUCGGCAAGGAGUCACGAGGAUCACGGAGCGGAGCUACUAUCGCGACUGUUUUCGGGAUCAUCAGGCGGCAUUGAUUAUCGUGGACGAUUUGUGCCGUAUUUUCGCCGAGACGGUAUUCUUGCAAUUCUGCUCGAGUAUAUUGGUCAUAUGCACGACGGUAUUUUUCUUGUCGAAGCAGGAGCCGAUGAGUCCGGAUUUCGUCUCGACGGCCGUCUAUCUGUUCUGCAUGCUGGUGCAGACUUUUCUCUACUGCUGGUUCGGCUACAAGCUUACCGAAAUAAAUCCGAAAAUGACGGACGCCAUUUAUCAGAUCGAUUGGGUGAAUCUGCAAAACAAAACCAAGAAGAUGAUUCGGUUCAUGUUGUUGAUGACUUCGAGAAAAAUUGAGCCGUUCGACAACGCCUUCGUCAGUCUCUCACCGGUAUCAUUUAUCAAUCCGUCGUCCGAUCGCGACAAAGAAGUCCCAAAAAAUGCCAAACUCGUCGGUUUCGAGAAGCACCUGUUUCCCCUGCUGUUCUCCGUGCUCGGGGCAUCGGGCAUCUGGCGAAUGUCUCGCGUCAGGCAUCCUCUCGCCGUCUUGCUCUGGAAGCUGUACUACUUGCUGGCCGCGACGAGCGUCUUCGUCCUGUUCUUCACCAUCUCCGCCGAGCAGCUGAUCAACGACGAGAAAUCCUGGCGCGAGUUCUUCGAGAGUCUCUUCCUCCUGCUCACCAUCUUCAACGGCAUGUGCAAGAUCGUCAACGUGCACUUGCGCCGGACGCGCUACCUGCGCAUCGUCUCGCAGCUGCUCCAGGACUCGUGGCUGGAUCUGCGCGACCCCGAGGAGGUGGCCAUCGUCGAGGCGUCCAAACUCGACGAGCGAUUCAUCGUCAGGUUCAACAUGACCCUGGUGUUCUUCAACAACGUCAGCAACGCCGUGGGACCGCUGCUCGACGGCAAUCCCGGUCGCGACCUGAUGGUCGACGCUUACACGCCCUGCCGGAGGUCGGCGAGUCUGGCCUGCUACCUGAUCUUCUACUGGUAUCAGGUGUUUGGCUACAACAUCACGAGCUUCGUGCACAUCGGCUGCGACGGCUUCUUCUUCGACACGGUCGAUCGCAUCUGCGCGCAUCUGAAAAUAUUGGAGCGCAGGCUGGUGAAAUUGCCCGAGCUAGUGGGCGCGCAAAAGUUCGAGAGCGACGAGGAGAAGAUGCAAUUCGAGAUGGAUUACGUCAAGGAAUGCGUGCGAUAUCAUCACAGCAUUUUCGAAGUAAUGCGCGAGCUUCGCGGCACGGUCCACGUCGCGAUAAUCGUGCAGCUGCUCUCGAGCGUCAUCGUUCUGUGCACGAGCAUCUAUCUGCUGUCCUGCCAGCCGCUCUUCAGUCCGGAAUUCUUGCAGCUGUUCAUCUACUUCAACUGCGCCCUGUUCCAGAACUUCUUUUACUUCUGGUUCGGCUACAAGAUUACCGUCAACACGCUGCACGUGUCUCAAGCCCUGCUGGACAUGAACUGGUGGACGCUGGACGUCAAGACUCGCAAAAUGCUGCUGUUCGUAAUGAUGCGUACGUCCAACAAAGUCGAGCUGUUCAACAGCACGAUCAUGAUACUGACUCCCGAGUCUUUCGUUAAACUCAGAAUGCUCGUCUUGGCUCUCGUUGUCGUCGUUCUCGCGCUGCUCUACACCUAUUCCCAUCGAAGAUUGAGCUACUUCGAGCGAGCCGGUGUGCCUCACGCGGCCGGAUGGUUCCUCGUGGGCAGCUUCAAGGAUCUGUGCCUGCGUCGCAAGCAUCUGGGCCAGGCGGUGCGCGACUUUUACAACGUUCACCCGCGGGCCAGAUACGUGGGCGCCUACGAUCUGGGCCCUCGCAACCAACCCAUAAUCGUGCUGCGAGAUCUCGAACUGAUCAAGAGCGUGACCAUCAAGAAUUUCGAUCGAUUCUGCGAUCGCAAGGCGUUCCUCGACCCGGAGGUCGAUCCCCUCUUCGCCGGCAAUCUGUUCAGCAUCAGGGGCGACAAGUGGCGCGAGGCGCGCAAUCUACUGAGUCCGGCCUUCACCGCCUCGAAAAUGAGGCUGAUGUUCGAGGCGAUGAGGGACUGCUGCGAGGCGUGCGUCGAUCACGUGGCGCAAUUGUCCGAGCUCGAGAGGAUGGAGAUCGAUACGAAGGACGUGUUUACGAGGCUGACCAACGACACCAUUGCCAGAUGUGCCUUUGGGCUGAAGGUGGACUCGCUGAAGGAGCCCGACAAUCAGUUUUACGUGCUCGGGAGAAAGGGCACGGAUUUCAACAAGUUCACGUCGGCGAAAUUCGCGCUGGGCUCGUUCUUUCCCGGUCUCAUGAAGCUGCUCGACGUGAAGUUCGUCGAGGACGACGUCGGUGACUUUUUUAAAAAUUUGAUCGCCGACACGAUACGCAACAGAGACGAGCAGGGCGUCAAGCGUCCGGACAUGCUUCAAUUGAUGAUGGACGCUCGGGGCAAGGAUCGUGAGAGUCACCUCGAGCUCGACAUCACCGAGAUGACGGCGCACGCGUUUCUCUUCUUCUUCGGGGGCUUCGACACCACCUCGACCCAGAUGUGCGUCAUAGCCCACGAGCUGGCGGUGAAUCUCGACGCGCAGCGCAAACUGAGGGAGGAAAUCGACGCGGUGGGCCAGCCGACUUACGAGGCCAUCAAUUCCAUGCCGUAUCUGGACGCGGUCUUCAAGGAGUCGCUUCGCAUGCACACGCAGUUCAAUUUUCUCGACAGGGUCUGCACGAAGAGUUUCGAGCUGCCGCCGACCCUACCCGGUGCCAAGCCGUUGAUCGUUCAGCCGGGCACGAACGUGUGGAUACCAGCGACGGCCAUUCACAGAGAUCCGAGCUACUUCGAGAAUCCGGACCGCUUCGAUCCCGAUCGAUUUUUGGGAAAGACAACGACGACGACGACGAGCGACAACGACUACGUCGUGAAUCUGGGCUUCGGGAUCGGCCCGAGAGCCUGCAUAGGCCAGCGAUUCGCCACCAUGGAGAUCAAAAUUCUGCUCUUCGUCCUGCUGUCCAAAUUCGAGCUGAGGGCCAACGCGAAGACGCCGCAGCCCUACGUUUACAGCACGAAGUCGAUCACGCUGCUGCCGGAGGGAGGAUACUCGCUCUCGAUGAUACCCAGACAAUUAAAUUAAAGUAUAAUGCACAGCGAA